UCCCGCCGCCGCCGCCGCCGCCGCCACCGCCGCGCCAGCAGGUCCUAAUGCCUGUCACUUCCCAGGACGCUGCUGGCAGCGGUAGCCCGGAGACCCCGAGCCCUGGGCAGGUUCGCCGGUCCUUCCCCGAGAUCUGAUUGGAUAAAGUGGGGGCUCGACGGUGGCCGACGUGGGACAGUCUGGCUGUGGCAGGGGUCUCGGAAACCAUGGGUUAUUGCAGUGGCAGGUGCACGCUUAUCUUUAUCUGUGGCAUGCAACUGGUUUGUGUGCUGGAGAGGCAAAUAUUUGAUUUCCUUGGAUAUCAGUGGGCACCUAUCCUGGCAAAUUUUGUACAUAUUAUCAUCGUCAUCCUUGGUUUAUUUGGAACUAUUCAAUAUAGACCUCGUUACAUAACAGGAGUCAUGAAGAUCAGUGUGGGGCCAUGUCAGAGCACUACAGCACAUGGGCACCAGGAUACCAAAGAAUCAGGACACCUCCAACCGCACUGUGCCCAGCACAGGGUCUCACAGUACGCUGUCUGGCUAGUCCUUUGGGUGACGUGGAAUGUGUUUGUUAUCUGCUUCUAUCUGGAGGCUGGGGACCUCUCAAAGGAAACAGAUCUUAUCCUGACUUUUAAUAUUUCAAUGCACCGAUCUUGGUGGAUGGAAAAUGGACCAGGAUGUAUGGUGACAUCAGUGACACCUGCCCCAGACUGGGCCCCAGAAGACCAUCGCUACAUCACUGUCUCAGGGUGUUUUCUGGAGUACCAGUACAUAGAAGUGGCUCAUAGUUCCCUCCAGAUUGUCCUCGCACUGGCGGGGUUCAUCUAUGCCUGUUAUGUUGUGAAAUGUAUAACUGAAGAGGAGGACAGCUUUGAUUUCAUAGGUGGCUUUGAUUCUUAUGGCUAUCAAGGGCCUCAGAAGACAUCUCAUUUACAACUACAGCCCAUGUACAUGCAAAUUCCCCUGGAUAACAACUGAUAACAAAUUCUAUAUAUCAGCAUCAAGUGGUAUGCUGAAUUGCAAGAGAAGAUCAAAAUAGAAAGUCAAAAUAACACCCGAUGACUUCCGUAUAUCAGCCCAUGGACCUCUCAAAGACCUUGUGGCAGCAGUGGCCUCCUGCAUUUAUGAAGAGCAAGAAGCCCAUGCAUUGAAUUACAUAUACAUGAUAACAGAACAAAGAGUUUCUACACAUGCACACAUGCACUCAUACCCACAGCACACAGCAAUUCCACUUCUCCUCUUUGUAAUGAAAACUGACAAGUAUACAGGACACACCCAUCGUGGGUUUUCUGAAAAUGGUUGCUUUCUCCCAGGCCUCUGAAAGUGAAAAGGAGACACAUCGCUGCCCCUGCUCAACAUUCCUUACUCCUCUGCAGCCCAGAGCUUGUGGGCUUCUAAGCUGCGAAGUCAUCUGGGUACAAUAGUUUGAGAGCCUUGUUUUCAGCCCUUUGUUCAUCCUGAUAGUAUCAUGGCUACAUAGGCAAUGUCACCACAAGAGAAAGAAAGAGAGAAAAAAAAAUGUCGUGAUGACCUUAUAACAAGUGCAAAAUGGCAGGUUGUGUGCCCUAAAGGCUGUACUAUACAUACUUGCCUUAACCCCACCUAUGUUGUGUGCCCAAGAAUCUCAGUGCAGACAUCUCCCAGUCAUUUCCUUUAGGCUAACACACUGCUAUUAGUUCUGAAUGAUUUCAACUCUGUGUGUCUCCUGUCAAGGAACAAGACUAAACAGCUCAACAGAUCAGUGUGUCUCUGUAGGAAAACUGCCUGCUGUCAGAAAAGUGCUUUACCAUUGAGCCACCAUGGUGGCCCAAAAGAGACAAGAACCAAUGACAACAGUAAUAAUCGUCAUCUUUAUGACUCUUAAAUAUGGUCUUCUGAUAGGGUUUGGGUAGGAUGAAGCAAAAUUUAUUAAUCUACUAAACUCAUUAAUCAACUGAAAGCAAAAAGCAGAAAUGGCUUAACUGAUUUUAUUUCUUGCACUCUAGGUGCUUUUGUAAGUAUCUACAAAUGUCUUUUACUAACACAGAAAACAGCUGUGGAUUUAUACCAACAGAGGCCAACUGACUAUGGGUUAGCUAUGUUUACUCUUUUAUAUAAUUCCCACGAAAGACCCAAUGUAGGUGAACUUUGUUUUCUAACUUCGCGUACAAGAUUAUUUUUUGGGGUGGGUGGGGGGAUCAAUAGUUAACUUGGUGAAAUCUUUGAGAUCUCUUUGUGGUACUUGGGGGAUCUGUUGUGUGUUAGAGUGUAUUUCAAUCCUCCUGUAUUAUUGUGGCAGAAAAACUGUGCUGUUAGUAGUUGGCAAUGAGAUGCCUAUGGAAACUUAAUAGUAGGUCAAUGUGUUUAUGGAAUAUGCUAAACUCCUAGGAAAUUUUGUUCUAUAUCGUCAAGCAUUAUUUGGUUUCCAUUAGCAGGAAACAUGAUUAGUUCAAGGGUAUCAGUAACUCUGAUGAGUCAUUUUUUUUUUUUUUUGGAUCCACUUGAGAUACUAAAACUAAUUUUCCCAAAAAACUAAAACAUCAUCUUUAAGCACAGUGAAAUUCAGACUGAGAGAGCUAUCAAUUGCCAUGGAGCAACUAUUUCUUGUUUUCUUAAAAUUUCAUUUAUUGGGUUAACCUCCUUUGGACCUUAGCCCAUUAAGAGCUACAUAAGACAGUCCCAUUACUGUGUUUGCAUGGAUGUUUAUGACACAUACAUACACAUGUGAACCGGAAAAGGGAACCACAAGAACAUAACAUACAUGUGUGCGUACACACACACACACACACACACACACACAAACACACAAUCCAGUACUGAUGCCUGAAUGUUCUCAGUGGCUUGUAUAUGUUUUUCCAUACCUACAUGUAUUAAAUAAACAAUGUCAGUGAAACCUCAUGAUGCUUUUAUAGUAACAUGCAUGUUUACUGUACAAGGAAAAUAUUCACCACUGCAUUAUCCUUUGAUUCCUAAAAUAUAAAUACUAUACCUUCCAUGAUCUAUUCUAAUGUGACUAUUAAAGUGAGGUUUCAUUGUACAUUCAUACUGUAAUGAGAUUCCAACUUGCAGUACAUGUAUAUGGAUACAGAGAGCAAGCCCUCAUACUCCUCCUUAAGUUGCAGCCAACUCUCCACCAAAUCACACAAUCAUCAGCACCAAAAGUUUCAAAAACAGUUGUUGACUACUAAACAGUAAUUGGCAGAUGGGCCUUUCUUAGGAGCGGUGAGCACAGUGGUAUGAUUCUAUCUGGAAAACAUCUGAGUUGUACAGCUGUAUCCUCCUCAAAAUCUGGUGAAGAAUGCUAUUUUUCUAGGCUGAGCUUUUGUUAUAAACCUAAUAUUCUGAAGGCAAGAGUUACAAUUCCUGAUGUGUUUCUUUCUUUAUUUUUCAUUUGUUAAUUCUGAAUGUAUUUUUAACAGAGUGGUUUUUUUGACUUACUAGUGUAAUUUGCAUUUUAAAAUAAAUGGAAAAACAAUUAA